AUUAAAAGAGAGAGAAAGUGAUUGGUUGAGAGAAAGAGAGGCAGCAGUAGAGGUUCUUAUCCAUAACAUGCCAAAAAAUGAAUCGUUUCUUACUUUGUGGAAAAACUACGUCUACUAGGGUUUACGCUUUUUCCUCCGUCUGACCGCCUUUGGGGUGGCUUCCGCCUGCGGGAGAGGUCUGCUCCUCUCCCCUCUCUCUCGGAUGGAUCUUAAUCCGUCAGAUUUUCCACCUAUCGCCGGCUCUUCCCUUCUUGGCGCCGCUCCUCCACCCCGCACAGGGACCUCUGAAGGGGCAUCUCUCUAGACACUCUCGCUUGUGGGGUAUUCCAUUGGUCAGCGGCCAUAUUACGAACGCCUACUAGCAGCCAUGAAAAAGGUCUGGCCUUUGAAAGGUGCGAUCUCUCUGAUUUCUUUGGCGGAUGGUUUUUUUUCUUAUCAAGUUUUCUUCUCAAGAGGAUUAUGAUGUAAUUUCGUCCGGAGGACACUAGUUUCUACUUGGGAAACCAUUUAUUUUACAGAAAUGAUCUCCCAAGUUUAAACCUAAACAGGAUGAAGAUGCCUUUAUUCCCAUAUGGAUAAAAAUUGUGGAUCUCCCUCUCGCUCUUUGGACGCCUUAUGGCAUCUCCAAGAUCGUUAGCUUCAUUGGUAUUCCUCUGUCUGUUGACUCAUUAACUGCGAAACGCUCCUAUUUGACGUUUACCCGAGUCUGUGUUCAAAUUUUAAAAGAUUAUUUACUUCCCGAUAUGAUCCCCAUGGAAAUUGAUGGGGAAGACAUGUCUCUAAAAGUCAUCUAUGACUGGAAACCCACACGGUGUGAAGGAUGUCGCUCUCUUAUUCACCCUUUCUCGCAGUGUCCCGCUAACCCCAACCCUAACUAUUUAUCCGGCAGCAUCAUCAAACCAAAUGCUCUUUCCUCCGGAGCAAAUUCAUCAAACCAACUAUUCACUGCAAAUUGCUCCAUUUUGUUCGACUCCACACGCUUCACCUGGAUCUACUUAAUUCACACCAAAGCUGAAGCUUUAACUCAUUUCAUACACUUGAACAAACUUAUUCAAACAAAAUUUAACUCAAAAAUAUAGGCAUUACGCUCGGACGGGGGAGGUGAGUACACGAGCCAACUACCAAUCAACCUAGACGUCCUCUACAACCAGUUGUGCAGUGAGGAAAUACACCGGUAAUCCGAACUUAAUCGAGAGAUCACGCCGACAUCUGACACGGCUGCCUUCUAUGCCUCCCGCAACAACACUUCUCGUGGCAGAUCCUCUGCUCGUGGUACCAGGGGCAGAGGAGCUUCUUUCAGACAAAGUCCCUCAACCAAUCGUUCGCCUAACGAUGCCCCCCGACCCACCUGCCAAAUCUGCGGCAAGCAGGGUCAUGUUGCCUCAGUGUGCUGGCAUCGCUUUAACUCCUCCUACAACUCAGGAUCCAACUCUACACCCCGAGCGUUAUACUCUGGUCCCUCCUCCACCAUGUCCAAUGACUGGGUCUUGGACUCAGGUGCUACUGCACACCUCACUCCAGACGCCUCCCAAAUGAUAAAUUCCAGUCAGUAUGCCGGAUCCGAUACGAUCUCGACGGCGAAUGGCAGCUCCCUUCCUAUCCACAACACCGGUCAAGGCUUUCUUCCUCUCCCUGACUCAACCCGUAAGCUCUACCUUCAUAAAAUUCUUCACGUACCUCUCCUCUCUCACAACCUUCUCUCCAUUCAUAAAUUAACUACUGACAACAAGCUCCCAAUUAUUCCUAUCUUCGGACCUUCAGAUGCCUUUGCUUCCCUUGGCUACAACCCACCACUCCGUCCAAGCUACAUCCUCGAUCACACUAGUGCAUCUUCCUCGACUACUCCCCCAUACACAAAGGCUAUCGUUGCCUCAAUCUUACAACGUCCAAACUUCACAUAUCCCGUCACGUUAUAUUUCAUGAAUCGGUUUUCCCAUGUCGAACUACAACCCCAUCCUCAUCUUCCCCUCCCACAUCAUUUCCCCUAUAUACCUCCACAUCUCUCCUACUCCCAAUCUCUACGACCAUCACUUCACCCACACUCAACAUUCCCACUGCUCCCACCUCAACUAUGUCUCCCAGCCCGCCAACUUCUUCACCUUGACCUUCUCCUUCACAAUCCUUCAACUCCCAAGCUCCUACCCCACCGAUCACCAACCCACGACCUCAGCCCUCCAUUCAUCCAAUGCAGACUAGACUUCGCUCUGGCAUUCACUGUCCCAAACAGAUACUCGAUCUCCUUACCACCACCAAAGUCACCUCCACACCCUCCACAUACAAUCAAGCCUCUCAAUCCCCUCACUGGCGAGCUGCCAUGUCGGCCGAAUUCAUGGCCCUUCAAAAACAGGGCACCUGGUCCCUCGUCUCACCUCCCGUGAACACUACUAUCCUCGGCUGCAAAUGGACAUUCAAACUCAAACACAAUCCGGACGGCUCCGUCGAACGGGUAUAAGGCGAGAUUAGUGGCCCAAGGAUUCAACCAGGAAUUCGGCAUCAACUACCGGGAAACCUUCAAUCCGGUUGCCAAAAUGCCCACUAUCCGGAUACUCCUCCUCAUCUCUCUGCACUUCGGAUGGCCAACCUUACAGUUCAACAUUUCGAACGCCUUUUGCAUGGAGACCUUCAUGAGGACAUUUAUAUGCAGCAGCCGCCUGGCUUCCCGGACAACCACUCACGUUUGCAAGCUGCACAAGACCAUCUAUGGUCUGAAACAAGCUCCCCGGGAAUGGUAUAAUACUUUUACCAAAUCCCUACUCACAUUCGGCUUCCAGUUCAGCAAGGCAAAUCCUUCCUUGCUCACCCUUCGCAAUGGCAGCGUCAAACUCUUCUUAUUGAUCUACGUCGAUGAUCUCCUCAUCACCAGCAACGACAAGAGCACUCUCACCAAGCUCCUUGAUCACCUGAAUCGAUAGUUCUCCCUUAAACAGCUUGGGACAAUCUCACAAUUUCUGGGAAUUCAGGUGUCUCCCACUACAACAGGCUUUCUACUCCAUCAAACACAAUACGCUCUUGAUUUAGUUGAGUCAGCCGGCCUGCACCAUAGCAAGCCAACUCAGACACCAGCUGCCCUCUGGUCCACUCCAACCACAGCUGAUUUUGCUCUGUAUUUCAAUCCGCACUAGUACAGACAACUGGCAGGCUCAUUCAAUUACCUGACCAUUACAAGACCGGACAUUGCCUACGCUGUCAACUGCAUCUGUAAAAAAAUGCAUUGUCCCACCGUAGCUGACUUCACCGCCCUCAAACGCCUGCUUCGCUACGUCCAAGGCACGGCCUCCUUCGGUCUUCCUCUCCAACCAAGCUCUUUCCAGCUCACCACCUACUCCAACGCUGACUGGGCUGGAGACUCUCUUGAUCGCAAAUCCCUCACUGGAUUCUGCACCUACCUCGGCACAAGCUUGAUUUCCUGGUGCGUAAAGAAGCAGACUACCUUCGAGAAAUCGUCCACCGAAGCCGAGUACAGGGCCCUCUCCUCAUCCACCUCAGAUGUCAUCUGGCUUCGGUGCCUACUCGCUGACUUCGACAUUCAUCUGGACAAACCAACUCCGAUCUUUUGCGACAACACCUCAGCAAUCGCACUGGCUCACAAUCACGUGUUCCAUUCCCGAACCAAGCAUAUCGAAAUUGAUUACCAAUUUAUCAGGCAUCACAUUGACACCGGAGCUAUGAUCAUUCACCACAUCAAUUCGGAAGACCAGCCUGCCGACAUACUCACUAAGCCUCUCUCGACCCCUCGCUUCACUAAUCUCACGACCAAGCUAAGCAUUCGCUCCUCGAAUCCUCAGCUUGUGGGGGGCUGUGAAGACACACGUGGCUUGGCACGUGACCAACCAACUAAGCCGGCCGAUGCGUCUCUCCACCAACUGACGCACAGUGCUCAGACUGGCACCAAUGGCCACUAACGGCUUGUGAUCAUUACGCAUCUCAUCUACUCUAUAUAUAAUGUACCCAAUAGAAUGCAAACUAAUGAAAUGAAAUCACUAAUC